CAUAAUGCCAACUUUCUUUUUCAGAGCCAUGGUGUCAUGGAAAGGAAUAUACUUUGUAGUUGCACUGUUUUUGGGAAGUUUUUUUGGAAGUAUUUUCAUGCUCGGUCCUUUUCUACCUUUGAUGUUUAUCUCCCCGGCCUGGUAUCGCUGGAUCACCGACCGCAUUGUGGCCACGUGGCUCACACUUCCAGUGGCUCUGCUGGAGAUGGUGUUUGGUGCCAAGGUGGUUGUCACCGGUGAUGGAUUUGUUCCUGGAGAAAGAAGUGUCAUUAUCAUGAACCAUCGCACACGAAUGGACUGGAUGUUCCUGUGGAACUGCCUGCUGCGAUACAGCUACCUCAGACUUGAAAAAAUCUGUCUCAAAUCCAGUCUCAAGAGCAUUCCAGGAUUUGGCUGGGCGAUGCAGGUUGCUGCCUUUAUUUUCAUUCAGAGAAAAUGGGAAGAUGACAAGAGUCACUUUGAAAAAAUGCUGCAUUAUUUCUGUGACAUUCAUGAGCCACUACAACUCCUCAUCUUUCCGGAAGGAACUGAUCUCACAGCCAAUACCAAAGCUCGCAGUAAUGACUUUGCUGAAAAGAAUGGACUUCGAAAAUAUGAGUAUGUCUUACAUCCACGGACUACAGGAUUCACUUUUGUGGUGGAAUGUCUAAGGGAAGCAUCCGUCACAGCAGUACAGUAAGGUCAGUGCAGUGCCUUGACAUACUUCUGAUGCUCCACUGAGUCUGCACAAAACAAAAACCAGUCCCUCUUGUGGCUUUGUGCACAGUAUCCUUUUGACUGGCUUGAUGCUGAGAAAGCAUACUGAAUGCUUUAAGAAUCAUCAAGUGGUUUUGGUUUUUGUGUCAGAAUACUGAAUGUUUUGGUUGUGUUCAAAGACUUAUGGCGGUAGGACAGACAAUAGGUGAGCCUCAGAUGAAGGUCAGGUUUAUUAGUUACUACUUGUUUUUGUCAGUUCAUGACCUGUAAUUUUGUAGAUGAUGUUGGUUGGAUUAGUAGCAUACUUAAUUAUUGCUGAAGUUGAAAUUAAUUCCUCUAAAAUAGACAAGUAUAAUAAUUACCUAUUUAUUUCACAUGGCCUUACCAGAUGCUGCACAUACCAUAUCCAUUUCUCAGCUCUGUUUAUUAGUAAGACAAAUACCACCUUCAAGCAGUCUUGAGUGCAUACUUUUCCAGGACAAAAUACUGCUUUAGUUUUACUUAGGAGAUGAUGUUUCCUGAUGUGUUAUAUUAGAAAAAUAGCAGCAUCUACAGGCUGAAUAGACUAAUCCCAAAUCAGUGUUCCAUUGUAGUGGAGAUUCUCAGUCAUGUUUAAUGGAUUCCCCACUCUUCCACUUUUUGCAGAUGCUGGCUCUUUUCACUUCCAGCUGCAUUAAAGUUGCUGCAAAUGUAUUUUGUGUAUUUCUGUUAUCACAUUUCUAUAUGAGUAAUUGCUGGCAGGGGAGAAGAUUCACUUGGAGUCACUUCAGUUACUGAAAAUGCUGGAAUCCUUACACUGUUGAUACAUUCACCAAAUC